UUUUUGUAGUUUUCUAAUGAUUUUGACUAUAAAUUAAGGAUGCUUUUAUACACAGGGGAAUUAGAUGCUCGGCACGACAUUUAGUAUUUCAUCAAUUAGACACUGUAAUCAGUUAACUUGCUCUGAAAUCUUCUGAAGCAUAUUGCUUGCUUGACUGUUUAGUUUGUCUACAAACUCAAAAUGAUGAGCUACUAUAGAUAAAGCAAUUAAUAACGUAAUUCAAGGCACCACAAUUUCAGAUAAUAAUUAAUGUUCACAAAAGUAUUGGUGAUAGUAGGCAAAUCAUCAAGCAUAGUACCCAAUAUUUGAGAAUACGCAAUGUGCAGCGACGCCAUUUUGUGCAGCAAGGCAUGAUGGUAGUUGCAGUCCUUUUUUUGUGUCCAUUAAAAAGCCCUAAAAAGGCCGCAUUCAUUAUGUAUACCACAGGGGGGGAGAGGAAAUUUUGCUAGAAGGCACAAAAUUUUUGGAUCCCCCCCAAAUCUCAGCAGUAAUUUUCAUAUCCACCCUAAAUUUGUGCGAUAGACAUGAUAGACAUUUUACGUAUGGGCAAAAAAUUUAACAUACCCCCUUUUCCCUAAAUUUUCAGACCCCCCCCCCCCCCCCCCUGCCGUAUACAUGAUAAUGAAUGCAGACUAAGAUGUCUUUGCUUUUUCCAAAAAAGGUGUUGAUUUGUUGUUUCUACAAAGAAAGCGAAAAAAGAAUUUUAAGGAGAUAUUUUAGGGUUUAUAUAUAUAUGAUAUUUUUUUGAUAUCUUUAUUUCAUAUCAAUAUUACAUUUUACAAAUCUAUACAACUYCCAUCAUGCUUUGCUGCGCAAAUUGGCGUCGCUGCACAUUGCCUGAAAAUGUUAUCUUCAAUGAAACGAAAGSAACUGUACUACUAUCCUAUAUUUUGUGAUUUUGCAUAUCAUUGAAGUCRACCUUUCCUUGGUUAACAUUGCAGUAUUUGUACAGGAACAAGACUCACGCCUUUUUUUCGAAUCACGAGUAAAUGAGGCAUUUUCGGAAAUUUCAAUAAGUUCAACUGCACUUCAGAGUUUCACUGCUCACGGUUACAGUAACCCCAUUGAGACCCUCUUCCCUCUAGAUUCUCUCCAACUCGAUCCUACCCUAUAGUUGGGGAAGAUUAGAAAAAAUGGAAGAGAGUGCAAUGGAAUAUCUGUGAAAUUUGUUUUAAUACUAACAAAAUUCGACUUACUUUUGGAUAUGAAGUUUGGACAUCCAAAUUUACGACUUUACAUUGACCGGCACUUAUAGGCCUUUUGCAUGAAACAGUCACAUGGUACUAAUUCCACUGUGCUGGAUGGCAAAAUACACACUGCCACUGGGAUGUUCAAAACGAAGAAAAGUCAAGUUUGAAGGACUGCUUUCCUUUUUUGCUUGGGGGUGUUUCCAUUCUUUUGUUUUCCAGUAUGACAGAUUGAGUACCAUAUGAGCGUUGAAAAUGUAAAAUGGCUAUUAGCGUAUUAUCGUUAAAUUCAUGAAAAAGAAAAGAGAAAACACUCGCCCGAUAGAUAUCAAAGCUAAAGAUACGUUCUGUGAAAGUUUCACAUAAAAAUAUUUUAAGAUGACGUUAUAAGGGUUAGUGUCUUCUUUUGCUACUGGAUAUCCCACAAUUUCUUCAGAUUUCAAGAUGGCGGCCAUUAGUAUUAAUUAAGGUCUAUUUCUGGUAGAAAGUUUGGUUUAUUGUGCCGACGAAAUAUGGUAGAUUUCCACAUCUUAAUGCAUGCUUCAUACUUCCACGCAUGUUUUAUUCAUCGUAGUCUACAUUCCACGAAGACACAACUAAUAAAAAUAAGUCACAAACAGAAAUCAGAUCGAGUAUUUAAAAGCAUAUUCCUUGAAAAAAAAAAGAUUAAAAAAGCUAACCUUGAGGGGUAAACUCUGCAAGUUGUCGAACUUGACAAGUAUUCGCAUAUGGUGAAAAAUACGUGCUGAAAUUGAAUCAUUAUUGUGCACGACAGUUUGAAAUUAAAAAUUUAAGACCGUGUUCGUAGYUCUAUGCAGAAGCCCCAUAGAGUCAAAUAAGUGAACCAAUUAAAUAACUUUAUUGCCUUCGUUACUAGAGAGACAUGAGUCUCAAAAAUUCAAAAGGCAGUUUUAUACAACGUCAAGGAAAAUACAAUAGACGUAUAUACUUUAAAAGUGCCUGGAAGACGCGCGUCGAAGCUUCUUGAGCUGUUGGUCAAGUUUAGAAGCUUGCUAUAAGCUCAUUUUAGUUUAAAAUAUGGUAAGCUAUGCAAAUACAAUGCAGUUACUAUAUAGUGGUUUUAGCGGUGAAGUGAUUCGGUCAAAUUCAAAGUAAUUAAUCACAAGGCGUUGAUGUUAUUCUUCAAAGGCUUUCAGAAGUAUUAAUAAUCUUCACACUUUCGACUCAUUGACGUUACCUAAAGUCCUUUUUUUUUCUUGUUGAGACCGAAUUUUCGCUGUAGUUGUUUAAUCUAACUACACUUAGUGGAUUAAAAAGUCAUUCUUCACACGAGAUGACUAGCGACGAUGAGGACUUUUAUUUUCACGAUUAUUCCGUCCAACCMGUGGUUGCAAAGGAGGCUUUUAAACUCACUGAAGAGCAUAUCAAAGAGUUUACCAAAGCAUUUAAUGAUUUUGACAUGGACGGCGACGGUCAGUUGAGUACGGAGGAACUCGGAGUCAUCAUGCGAUCAAUUGGACACAACCCAUCACCUAAAGAACUACAAGACAUGAUUGCGUCUGGAGAUAAAGAUGGAAACGGUUUCAUUGAUCUGCCAGAGUUUCUUGAACUGAUGGCGAAGAAAUCAGAAGAAGACUCGAGCGAGCAAGAUCUGCGCGAAGCUUUCAGCCUCUUUGACAAAGACGGAAAUGGUGUAAUUAACGGCGAAGAGCUGAGAUUUGUUUUAGCUGGUAUGGGUUGCAUCAUAACGGACGAAUCAAUUGAAGAAAUGAUUAAAGAGGCAGAUAUAGACGGUGAUGGCUGUAUAAACUUCGAAGAGUUUACGAAAGCUUUUAAUGACUUUGAUGUAAAUGGCGACGGCCUGUUGAGUGCAGCUGAACUGGGAACCAUUAUGCGAUCUGUUGGACACAACCCAACACCUAAAGAACUUCAAGACAUGAUUGCGUCUGCAGAUUUAGAUGGAAAUGGCUUCAUCGAUCUACCAGAGUUCAUUAAAAUGAUGUCCAAAAAAAACGAAGAGGACUCGACCGAGCAGCAUUUACGCGACGCCUUUAGUUUAUUUGAUAAAGACGAGAACGGGUUAAUUAGCGGUGACGAGUUAAAGUUCGUUUUGGAUGGGAUGGGUUGUAACAUUACAGACGAUUCCAUUGAAGACAUGAUCAAAGAAGCUGAUAUAGAUGGUGACGGUUGCAUCAAUUUUGAAGAAUUCCUAAGACUGAUGAAUCGAAAUUGAACUUGACAAGUAUGGAAAGGAACGUUCCAUUGCAUGCUUUGACUGCUCUUCAGCAUUUAAUCUUCACUCAAUAUGCCUCAUAUAGACCCCUUGCAUGUGACGUCAAAGCAGCUUCAUCUGGAGGGCGAAACAAAAGAUUUUUAUCCUCUUGGGAACUAGAAUCUAUUGUUUUGUCCUCCAGUUGGAGCUGCAUUCCCAUGAACUGCAAGGGGUCUAUUCCCCGCGUUCAAAGCAAGCGACGGCUGCUUACAGUCUCACUUGCGAAGAGACCUUACCAAAAACAAAAGCACGAAAAAAUGUUGACAUUUUUUUUGAAAAAUGUUGACAUUUUUUUUGUUGAGAACAGCUCUAGAAAUUUGAAUCUUCUCUGAUUUGAUGCUAAUCCCGACCUUCUAGGGAUACAAGAUUAGCCUCAGAUAGGAGAAAAUUCAAUUUUGUAGGGUUGAUGUAAUGGCAACAUCUAUUUGUGCUUUCCUUUGUUUUUGGUAAGGUCUCUGCGCAUGAGACUCUUGUCAAUGAAAACAGCGGUCGGUCGCUUUGAAAGGGAAAAAUGAGUAUUAUAUAUAACUAAACAGGAUUUUUGCACCAACACGACGUCCGAUUUGAAUUAUCCGAUGUUUGAAUGCAUGUGUAAUCUGUAAAGUAAGCAACCAAUUACGUCUAAUCAACUAUGUGUAUUUCUCUGUUCACGGCAAAGAAAAGCUUAACACACGGAAAGCGUUAAUAAUGCCAUUCUUAGUUUAUCGUCAUCUCGAAGAGGUAUUAUAGAUUAAGUUUGCAAGUUAUGUCGCCUAGUGAAUGUUCUGCCAUGAAAAAAUGAACAAUGAAAAAGUCUGAGCGAUCGCUUAGUGCAAUGAGGCCAGGCGCGAAGCGUYCUUUACGCAUAAAUGCACGUGCGUACUAGUGACUGUCGCAAGGAAAUAUUAAACUUUCACAAAAAUUACUGAAAAAAUCACAUAAAAUUG